UCACUUUCCCGGCGUUUCACAUGAGYCACGUCUGAGUUGAAAGGUUGAACGCAGUGGCGCUCUCGCGAGCUUCGUUCUCUGUUUUCACAACAUAACACAUUUUCAGAUUUUACUAMACGUUUUUCGAAAAUAUCCAAGCGCUGCAUAGAAUGCUGGCUACAGGAGCAGCUGUAACCACGGCUCUGGCCCAAGUGGAUAGGGAAAAGAUCUACCAGUGGAUCAACGAGCUGUCCAGCCCAGAGACCCGCGAGAAUGCCCUGCUUGAGCUCAGUAAAAAACGGGAGUCCGUGCCAGAUUUGGCUCCAAUGCUAUGGCACUCCUGUGGAACUAUAGCUGCUCUCCUGCAGGAAAUUGUCAACAUCUACCCRUCAAUAAACCCCCCGACCCUCACCGCUCACCAGUCCAACAGAGUAUGCAACGCAUUAGCACUUCUGCAGUGUGUAGCCUCUCAUCCAGAGACAAGAUCGGCAUUUCUGGCAGCACACAUUCCUCUAUUUCUGUACCCCUUCUUACACACUGUCAGCAAAACACGACCAUUUGAGUACCUCCGACUCACCAGCCUAGGAGUCAUCGGUGCCUUGGUCAAAACAGAUGAGCAGGAAGUGAUCAACUUCCUGUUGACAACAGAAAUCAUUCCCCUGUGCCUUCGCAUAAUGGAGUCUGGCAGUGAGCUUUCCAAAACGGUAGCAACUUUUAUACUACAGAAAAUACUCCUUGAUGACACAGGGCUGGCAUACAUUUGCCAAACAUAUGAACGCUUCUCCCAUGUGGCCAUGAUACUUGGCAAAAUGGUUCUUCAGCUCUCCAAAGAGCCCUCCGCUCGUCUUUUGAAACAUGUUGUCCGCUGUUACCUACGCCUGUCAGACAACUCCAGCCCCCACACCAGAGCCCGAGAGGCCCUCCGUCAGUGUCUACCAGACCAGCUUAAAGACACCACGUUUGCCCAGGUCCUGAAGGACGACACCACCACCAAACGCUGGUUGGCACAGCUGGUGAAGAACCUACAGGAAGGCCAAGUCACAGACCCCAGGGGCAUCCCUCUGCCCACACAGUAGCUCCCCUUACCUUUUCAGCAGGGUUGCACAAUUAUGUUAACUUUCCCAUGAUUCCCACGUUUACCAAGACUUUCCAGGGAAUUUUCCAAAUGAGAUUUAUUUAAAACCUGGGAAUUUUGCAAAAGUUACUGGGAUUUUGCAACCCCACUUACCAUGCAACUGCACUGAGUGACACCCACCAGCAAGGACCCAGCUUCCAGAAACAGGAAAAAGCCACCAGUUUGAAUGACGGACGGACUCACAAAGGGGCACUUAUUUUGUGAAGAAAGACUAUUGAAUGAAAGCCCUGUACUCUGCCGUUUUCUUACAGUAUCUUUCAUUCAGAUCAAACCGCCUGCCCUAUCUCCAGAAGUGUAUGAAUGCGUUUUCACUUGGUGUCAAACUAUUAGUUAUAUAUAUUUUUUCUUUCUCAAGGACAUUUGGAGUCUUCACUUCACUGAGUGUUCUGAAAUUGAAGUAGACGGCACAAUAAAAUGUUACACCUUGACAUGUG